AUGGACUCUGAAUCUGGCAGUACGAUGGAGGUGGCGGCACUCGGCCGGCCUUUCAGUCUUGGGAUGCUGUAUGACUGCCGCAAAGACUCACUGAUCCCUGCAAUAACUCUGUGGGACCGUAAGGAUCUCAGGGAAGAUAUAGCAGAAAGACCACAGACCUCUAAUGAUUUUGAAAUUGUUGCAUCUGAAUCAGUCGAGGACAAAUCUUCAGCUCUAAAUGUUGAUGCUUCACUGAAGGCAAGUUUCCUGAGUGGACUGGUUCAGGUUGAUGGAUCUGCCAAAUAUCUGAAUGACAGUAAAUCUUCCAGAAAUCAGGCCAGAGUAACACUGAAGUACAAGGCAACCACAAAUAUCCAGCAGCUGUCCAUGAAUCAUCUUGGAAGAGGAAAUGUGAAGCAUCCAUAUGUUUUUGAUCAAGGCUUAGCAACACAUGUAGUCACAGCUAUUCUUUAUGGAGCACAAGCUUUCUUUGUGUUUGACCGUGAGGUUUCUGAACAGGAAGAUCAUCAAGAUGUUCAGGGUAACUUGAAGGUGACCAUCAAGAAAAUUCCCUUACUUUCUAUAGAGGGUGAAGGUUCAAUUAAAAUGGAUGACAAGGCAAAUGUUGAUAAAUUCUCCUGCAAAUUUUAUGGAGACUUUUGUCUUCCUAAACCACCAACAACCUUUCAAGAUGCAGUAGAAGUUUACCAAAGCCUGCCAGGAUUACUGGGAGACAAAGGAGACAAAGCUGUACCAGUGAAGGUCUGGCUGCUGCCACUGACAGCUUUAGAUUCUUCUGCUGCUAAACUCGUCCGUGAGAUCAGUACAGGAUUAGUUCAAGAAGCACAGAGAGCCCUGGAGGACUUCAGUGAGCUGGAAAUGAGGAACAAUGAUGUACUGGGAACCAGCACUGCACAGCAGUUCCCACAGAUUGGUAAAACAAUUAAAACUUUUAAAGAAAUGUGCUCUGAGUUCAAGCUGGAAUUCCAACAAACUUUGGCCAAGAAACUUCCAUCAAUCCGAGGAGGAGGAGAAGAGGAAGCUGAGCUUGCAGAGAUCCUGAAGAAGAGACAUUCUUCACCUUUCAACAGCAAAAACCUGAACGAGUGGAUGGACUGUAAAGAGAGAGAAGUCUACACUUUAAUGUCUUUUACCAGCAGGAUGAAAAACACCAAAAUCAUCUCGUCUCAAAAUGAUCUGUACAAGGAAAGUCUCAGGGCAGAGCAUGUUGUGUGUUUUGUUUUCACCUCUCUGGGAAAGGAUGAACCGUACCUCUCAGCUUUAUCAAAAUACUUAAAAGGAGAAACCAACCCAGACCUUCAAGAUCCUCACACUCAUGAUGUAGAGAAGGAACAAUGGUACGCCUCAAAAGAAGUAACAGCUGAAAUGAGGAGAAAAGCAAAACUCUUCAGUGAUUUUGCAGAGGCCAACAAGGAGAACAAGAACAUGAAGUUCCUGACAGUGGGUUUAACUAAUGAGACACAGGAAGGUUCCAGCAUCUACCUUUAUGAAGGUGGAUUUCCUGUCAGUGAGAACUUUGAGCCUCCUUCAAAGCCUGAAACUGUGACAGCAGCUGACAGAAACCACAACAGUGUGACACUGAAGAUUUCUCCACCCAGAUUUGGAGCAGAGAACAUCACCACCUACUCUGUUGAGUACUGUGUCAGUGGAGAGGAUGGAUGGCAGCAGAAGACAGAAGCAAAGGCUGAAGAAGUCACAGUGAGAGAUCUGAAGCCAAACACAGAGUAUGUGUUCAGAUGCAGAGCAGUGACCUCAGCAGGUGUCGGGCCGGAUAAUCAAGUUUCUAUUAAAACAACAGAAAGCUUGACACUGACAAAGGAGGUCCUCAGAGAAAGAAAGCAGCUCGAGGUUUCAGUUGAGAAAAUGCAGGAGCAGGUGAAACUUGGGUUACGCAAGCUUGAGGGGAUAAAAGAGACGAGUGAGAAACUUAAAGAACAUGAAGCAGAGAUGAAGAAAAAUGAGAUCUUUGAGUUUGAAGUUACUGUCAAAAAGCCUUUUCAGCAGGACAUCUCUGGCACUGGAAACUACAGCACCAACUGCCAGCAGUGUCAUGUCACCUGUCACUAUCCCUGUCCCAUACCAAAGGAUGCAGAUAAAAUACGCUGUAAGGCAAUGGGAUUAGAUGGAUACUGUACUCAGUGUCCAGGCAAAUGUUACUGGAAUGCACACGUUAAUCAGAAGUACAGAUGGGAGUAUAAAGACGUUAAAGAGAAAAGAACAAUGAAAGAGCUGAUAGAAAAGUAUGAUAGAGCCAGAGGAGAGAAGAUUACUGUUCAGCAAGUGUAUGACAAACUGAAAGCUGAAUAUGAAAGUUUGCAGGCUGAGGUGAUGAAACUAAUGGAGAGAUCUUCCAAGUGUCUGAACAGACUUAAAGAGAUAGCACGGAAGCCAAACCCUCUGUCCACUGCAGAGUACAUCGACAUGCUUAUUGAAGAAGAGAAAUCUGAGGGCAAACCAGGCUGGAAGAGUCGAGUUGAGUCUCUGAUGGAGAUGAAAGAAAAAGCAGAGACAAAAUAG